UUUUUUUUUUUAACCUGGGAUACCUAUGGGAAAAAUCUAAAGUUGGCCAUUUAAGUCCAGUAGAGCCCCUGUUCCUGUAGAGGCAGGGGAAAGCCAAUGGGUGGAAUAAAAGAGAGGUCAUCUAGAAUGUCUGAAGGGUCAGAUGGGCCAUGUGUCUGAGGAAGACACAUUCUGCAGUUUUUGUAGAGGUUGGGAUUUGGGGACAGUGCCAUGAAUAUGAAGGCCUGCACGUAUGGGACCGGUGAGCAUUUGGAGGAGUUCUGGAAAAAGACUUCCAGUUGCGUAGUGGGGCCAUAUGUCUUGAUCUGGGAGUUUGUAUGAGGCCAGGACACAUGACAUGAAAGAUGAGAUGAUUUUUCUCAGGUCUUGGGGUUCAUGUUUUAUCCACUUUUUAAAAAUACAGCCCAAAGGCGAGUAUAGGAAUAGAGGACUUUGUCCCAUACUGGGAAAGAUCUGCUGCUGAUUCCCAAAGGGUUUUCCCACCAAGGGGAAUGAGGCUGUGACUUGUGGUCGAGAUUUCAGUCAGGGUGUGCACUGUCCUGAAGAAGGACUGGGCCUUAUGUCCUUAUGUGGGGCACCUGACUUUACUGGGGGCAUGCGAUCAAGGAGAGUGUCACAACAAAUAGCAAUAGAAAUCUGUGCUGGGGUGUACCCUGCUCUAGGGAGAGACACACACCUGGUGGCCAACCUGGGUCAAAAAAAAAAAGGGGAGGACUCAGCACUGAGACCUGUAGGAAUGUGUUUCCCUGUAGAUCAAGAUGGCAGCUGGAUACAUGGAAACAAAGGAAUUAAGGAAAGGGUCUGAAAGAAUAAGCCUGCUGAGACUCCACCAGCAUUAGGAAAGGCUCCCAGCUGAGUCUGUAACGUGUGGAUUCACCCGGCUUGGGCUGCUGUUGCCAACUACACCACAUAUUGGGAGCAGACCUUGGGGGACAGAGUGAGAAAGCAGAGGAAAGGGGCCCUUCACCCUCAUAGACAUGGGCAGUCCAACCUAUUCACUCUCACACCUUCAGACAGAGUGUGGAGCCACCCUGGCCUCUUUGUUUGAGGAGUACUAGGGUUAGAGCUCUUGAAGGGUUAAAAGACAAAGGAGAGGAGAGAGGGAUCCCCCUGAAGGGCAAGAGGGGAAAUCCCUCAUCCUGUUGGGCAAGGGGUGCCCUAUAGACGCCCCCUGGGACUUGGGAUCCUCACCAAGGAGGAACCUCAGGUGGAGGUUGUCAGCUGCUCAGAAAACACUAGAGUCAGUCUACCAAGGGAAAUUCCCAGGAAAUUCCUAGGAAAUCCCAGGAGAGGCCCAGUACAGCAGAGGGUCCCUGUGAAGGCCAUCAAAUGUGGGGCGACCCGAUCAGGGGGGAGGCCCGCAGCUCAGGGGGUGAGAGAAUUCCCCCCAAGGCAGAACAGAGGAGAUGGGAGUUUACUGAAUACCCUGCGAGGGAGCAGCGGGCAGGACGGCAAAGAAGAGACCAUCUGCCGGGAGGCGGUGCUGGGGGCUACAGUUAUGGGGUCACGAGGGAGCAUGGGAACCUUUGGAAUGCUCCCUGUGUGGGACCUGUGCCCGGUUGUAAGUCGCAGGGGUCAGUUAGGGCCUGUGGCCAUUUCGAGGCGGGUCACUCAGGAGCCCGUGUGCAUUCAGCUGUGUGCUCACUGCGCCCUUUGCUGCGUAUCUUUCCAUCACUCAGGCCUGUUGCCUAAAAACGGUCCAUACGCUGUGAUUCUUCCCCCAGUGUUAACGUGAGCGGUGGCUGUGUCCCCAUCAAUCCCUCAGGGACUCUUCCUUCUGGUGCCCUUUUCCUUGAAUUCUGGGCCCUGGGUUAAAUGUUGGAGCGGCCCUGCUGACUUCCAAGUCUCUUAAGGCCCCGGACUCGUCUUACACAUCAGGUGUGCCAGGCUCCUGGGCUCUGGCCUGUGUCGGUGCCCAGAGCCCACCUAAUCCGGGGAAAGGGUCGUGUCUGCCUCUGUCGGAAGAGAGGGGACUCCAGCAGGCGUCUUGCCCUUGUUCCUUCCAGGGCGAGAGCUGCUCCCAUCAAGCAGCCCUGGAAUCCGAGUGUCCACAGCAUCCUGACAUUCUGGUUCCAGUUCUUGGAGCUGAUGAGGCAUAAUCGUUUUAGAGCAAGCCAAGCGUGUGUCCUCCGGUCUGUGUGUUGUCCGAGUGAAUAUUUCACUUUUCAGUCUGUACAGUAUCGAUCUGUUCAGAUCUGUCUCAGUGUAAAUAUCCCAGUAAAUUGGGUGUGUGUAAGUCCAUGUCAGCUGUUGUCCUCACCCUCUGUUGUGACUCAGGGGUCCUAGGAAUGGAGUGCAGCUCCCCGCCUGUCACCCUUCAUCCUCCCACACACAUGGAUGAUGAUGGAGCUUUGCUGCAAUAGAGUGUGUGGUAUGUUUCAGGCCUCUGUGGUCUUUGAGGAUGUGGCUGUGAACUUCACCCCGGAAGAGUGGGCUUUGCUGAAUCGUGGUCAGAGGAAGCUCUACAGAGAUGUGAUGCUGGAGACCUGCAGGAACCUGUCUGCUGUGGGUUGUCGAAGUCAAGGUAACACAAGUACAUCAAGGCUUCAGUGGAGCAUUUUGCUGAAUGAGCCACUGGGGGAAGAGAAAACAGGAAUAUUUACAAGAAAAGAUUCGUGUUCUGUUUUUGGAGAAAAGCAGACAUUUUGUAGCAGAGGAGAUCACCGGCAAACCCAGGAAGGGCAUUCAAGAAGUCCUUUGGUGGAGAGUGUCUGUGAACGUAUUGAAGGAGAUCCAUGUGGAGAAACCCUGAACCUGAUUACAAGUCUUACUGUGCAUGAGGGUUAUCCUACUAGAGGCAAAUCCUGUCAACAUGCUAAGCGUAGAGAAGCCUUCGCAGAUGGUUCCUUCCUUGGGAAGCCAAGAGGAUCUCACCCAGGACUCAAACCUAGUCCUGGUGAGGAGUGUGGGCUAGCCUGCAGCUGCGUCGUGAGCCUCAGUGCUCACACGGACACAGACCUUAUAGAGGAACCCUAUGAAAGUCAGGACACUGGGAGAGUAUCUAAGACAUCGAAGAGGCUCAGUAGUAAAAAAUCUCUAGAGUGCAAGAAAUGUGGAAAAGCUUUCACUCGCACGUCUUCCUUUCAGGGUCAUGUGCGAGGUGACUGUGGAAAGAGAGUCCAUGCGUGUGACGUGUGUGGGAAAGUCUUCAGGUAUAACUCAAGCCUGCGGACACAUAAGAAAACACACACUGGGGAGAAGUCCUAUGAAUGUCAGCACUGUGGGAAAGCCCUCUCUGGUCGCAGUGCCCUUGUAAGACAUGUGAGAACACACACAGGGGACAGACCCUAUGAAUGUAAGGAAUGUGGGAAAUCUUUUUGGAAUUGUGGACAUUUUAAUCGGCACAUGACCAUGCACAGUAUGGUGAAACCCUGUGAAUGUAAGCAGUGUGGCAGAGCCUUCCGGGAUCAGACAGAUCUGCGAAUCCAUAUGAGGACACACACGGGGGAAAGACCCUUUGAAUGUCAGCAAUGUGGGAAAGCCUUCAGAUAUCUUGGAAAUCUGCGAGAACAUAUGCGGACACACACGGGGGAGAGACCCUAUGAAUGUCAGGAGUGUGGGAAAACCUUCAGGUACAACUCAAGUCUGCAAGCUCAUGUGAGGACACACACUGGGGAGAGACCCUAUAAAUGUCAGCACUGUGGAAAAGCCUUCAUUCGACACCACACCCUCGUACUACAUACUGCAAGAAGACACUCAGUGGGCGGACACUUGGAAUGUAAGGAGUGUGGGGAAACUUUCAGGAAGCAUCGACCUUUUGAACGUCACAUGACCACACACAAUGUAGUGAAACCCUAUGAAUGCGAGGAGUGUGGCAAAGCCUUCAGGUAUCACAGAGACCUACAAAUACAUGCGCGGACACACACUGGGGAGAGACCCUAUAAAUGUCAGCACUGCGAGAAAGCCUUCACCUCCUCUGAGAACCUGCGAGUACACGUUAGGACACACACUAGAAAGUGACCCUAUGAAUGUCAGCAGUGUGGGAGGGCCCUCAAGUGUCCAUCACACCAGGAAACACAUACGUGGACACACACUGGGGAGAGACACCAUGAUUUUAAGGAGUGUGGACAAACUUUCCAGAAGCGUGAACAUUUCAAACGUCAGUCGAACAUACACAGUGCAAUGAAACUCUGAAUAAGCAGCGUGGCCUCCUGGGAUCACACACAUCUGCAGGUACAUAUGAGAACACACACUGGGGAAACUUUGUAAAUGUCUGCUCUGUGGGAAAGCCUUCGUUUGUCUCUCUUCCCUUCAAGGACACACGGGCAAGCACAGUGACGUGAAACCCUAUGAACUUCAGCACCGUGGAAAAGCCUUCAGGUAUCCCAGGAAUCUGUGAGCACAGACACACUGUGGGAAAGCAUUUAUUCUCCCUUAAAAUUUUAUUGGGAAUGUGAGCCAACACACUGGAGAUGAUCCUGAACAAACAAGAUUUUGGGAAAACAUCAGGUAUAGAACUUGAUGUAUUUUGUUCACAAAAAUUCCGGCAGGACAGAAAUCUUUUCAUUGUUAUGAAUAUGACUUUGCCUUUCAAAGUGCCUCUUCCUUAAUGGGGAUCCCAAAUGUAUGAAUUCCUAGUUCAUGUCCCUGAUAUGAAUGCUAAUGGUUUUAAGUGGCCUUCUUUCUCCUCUGCAUCUGUACAACAUAGAUGUUGUUGUCUCAGAUUUCAAGUAAUCACACUGUUAUGCACAACAUGUCUCCUUUCCAUUAGUAUAUAUCUUGGACCCAGGAGUGAGAAGAGAGAGUGUGUGUGUGUGUGGCAGUGUUUGUACAACUUUAUAUAAUUAUAGAAAAAGAUUUCUUUAAUUUCACCUUGCAGAAUGUUUCUAGUAUAUGAUCACAACAUGUAGACUUCUAUUGUUGAAAGUUCCGUUCUCUGUUGCAGAUACUGCAAUUUCCUGAGUCAGUACCUACUCUUCUAUUCAAUCCUUAUUAUUAAAGGAUAUAUUUUCACAUCA